CCCGCGGCUUCCCGGGCCCGCAGCGCUCCGCUCGGUGCUUGCUGCAUGGGAGGGAUGGGUGGGGAGGAGCUGGGGCGAGGAAGAGCCUCUGCACCCCAUUGCCUCCCUCCCGCAUCCCCUCCUCACCCCCUUUGCAUCCCCACAUCCCUUCUGCACCCCUUUUGCUUCCUCUCCUCAGCCCCUCUGCGCCGGAUUGCAACCCCCGUGCUUUUCCCUACUGCAGCUGCAAGGGGACUUGCUUGCAAGAGCUGUCUGCUUGCAGAGUGCGUGCUUGAAAUAACCUCCUCCUCUUCUCCUUCUCCUCAAAAAAAGGACGCCCCGAGCCCCUCUCUGCCAUGAUUUUGCUGAGCAGCAUCUUGCACCUGCGGCCCCGGCACUGCGGUCCCUUGGCAGGGCUGGGCAGGGGAUCCGGCCCCACAGCGGGGUCCCGCAGGGCGCUGCGCGUGCUGGUGGACAUGGAUGGGGUCCUGGCCGACUUCGAAGGAGGAUUCCUCAAGAAGUUCAGGGCCAGGUAUCCCGACAAGCCCUACAUUGCCCUGGAGGACCGGAGGGGCUUCUGGGUGUCGGAGCAAUACGGGCGCCUGGCAGCUGAGCUGAGCGAGAAAGCUAUCAGCAUCUGGGAAUCCAAGAACUUCUUCAUUGAGCUGGACCCGCUCCCUGGCGCUGUGGAAGCUGUGAAGCAAAUGUCAAAUUUGGCAGACACUGACGUGUUCAUCUGCACAAGCCCUAUCAAGAAGUACCGUUAUUGCCCUUAUGAGAAGUAUGCCUGGGUGGAGAAGCACUUUGGCCCCGAGUUUCUGGAGCAGAUCGUUCUGACACGGGAUAAGACAGUGGUUUCUGCUGACCUGCUCAUUGAUGACAGACCUGAUAUAACUGGGGCCGAGGUGAACCCCAGCUGGGAGCACGUACUCUUCACUGCCUGCCACAACAAGCAUCUGCAGCUGGAGCCGCCCAGGCGCCGGUUGCAGUCCUGGUCUGAUGACUGGAGAGCCAUUCUGGACAGCAAACGGCUGCCACUGGGCCACGUGGCCUAAACCCUUGCCUCUAUCCUGGCCUCCAUCCCAGCUGCCUGCUCAUCUCCUCAUGGAGGCAGACACCAUGGGCAGGUAGACAGACAGAUGGUCAGACACGUAUGGGGUGGGAAAGGAAGGGGAGCUUGGAGUAGACUUCAGCCUAGCUGCCCUCUGUGCCAUGUUGGACCCUCAGUGUCAUCUUCCCCCUCUGGCACAGUGCAGCCAUCCCUCUGUCCCUCCGUGGUGGAGUCAUGCCAUGAUGGAUUUGUCCUCCUGCUGCCAUGAAUGAUCUGCAUCCAUCCCAUCACUGAGGAGCUGCUGCAGCUGCGAGAAACUCUGGUGCUGAUUCAGGAAAGAAGGAGCAGACAUUUCAUUAGCCAGGAGCUGUAAGAAACUCAGCGAGCCUUCGCUGGUGGUGAUCCAUGGAUUUCAAAGCCAGGGGCUGUGCAUGUGAUGGCUACAUGGUCCGUGCCCCAUCACUCUCCUCAUCAUCAUGUCCAGAAUGAGCCUGACAGGAGAGCUCUGGGUGUGCAUCCAUCCAGAAAUGGAUCAGCCCUGGGUGGUACCAACUGCUGGGCUUGGGCAGUGGGACAGUCAAUGCACCAAGCAUCCUAAAGCCAUUGGUGCAGAGCUGCAUGGGAAAACAUAAAACAUGAGGUGGUGGAGAAAGUAUAGCAUCGCAGAGAAGGUGGCAGAGCACCAUGGGGCUGGGCAGGGAGCAGGGUGAGGCCAUCAUGCUGCUGCCUGCUUGGGAUGUGGCACCUCCCAGCUCCCUGAGCCUGUCCCUUCCCUCAAACAACAGCAACCUUGCACAUGGCUGCUGCUGCUUCUCCUGGCUCUGUGGGAAGAGAUGUCAUGAUGCAGAUCUCUCUGGUUGUGCAGCUGUCACUGCAUGCUGCAGGGUCUGCCCACACCAUUUGAGAUCCCACCACUGUUCCCUCUGUCCUGCCCAAGGACUUGCUGACCACAGGGGUGAAGUUCUCCGCUGAGAUGUGUGGCCAUGGUUGGUCAUCCUGUGUGCUGCUUGCCUUGCACCUUUAUCUUUCCUCUCCUCUCUCAUCCCCAUCAGCACAAAGCAAUCUGAGCCCAGAGCCACAUAGCCAACAAACAACAAAUUUCAGCAGCAGCAGUCUGUCCCACCGUGUGUGGGACCUGGAGGGGCUCUUGAAGUCGAUGCUUCAAAUCUGUGCCUUCCCAAGCUGCUGUAGGACCAGGAGUGAAACCCGAAUUGCCUCAGGUCUUUCCAAAAGCAGCCCUGUCUGUUGGGAUGGGGCCAUUGUGUCAAGUCUGCAUGGUUUGUGAGUGAUAUCCACAAUGAUUUUAUUUGAGUUUUUCCCGUUCAAACCACUGUGUGCUUCAGGCAUGGUUUGGGCUGUGCCGCCACCUGAGGUGCAGCUCUGCUAAGCAUCAUGCACUGCAUUGUAUAGGCUGUGAGUUGAUUUUUUGCCCACUGAUAACCAUGAGCUGCCCAAGCUCUCUGGAGUGCUCUCCCAGCCCAUCCUUGAGCUGAAAUAAGCUGGCACAUUACUGUGGUUGCCCAAAUCCAACCAUUAGACAGAUCCCAGGGACAUAGCUUUCCGGACCCAGCAUCCCCUUGGUGGGAUGUGUGAUGCUGGAGAGGCCACAGGGGUUCACAGCAAAUGAAGACAGAGCUGGAGUGUCUCCUGUGUCAGGCUCCAUCUGCACACACAGAAAUCCCAUGUGGAUUGCUGUCCUACUGCAUCCACCUUGUUCAGGGCUGUGAUGCAGUUCUCCAUCACAGUGUGCUCCUUUCAGUGCUCAGAUGGGCUAUGCAGAGCUUUUAUUUUCAAACACCCAUCUAUAAAACAGAGGCUGCUGAGGAGCACUGCAAUAGACAUCAAGUUUUGCUGGCAUCUGGCUUCCCAAAAAGCAGAGUUUGGGUUUUGCAGUUUCCCACCUGUGGUUCUGCCUUUGGCAUAGGGAUGGGAGCAUUCUCCAGGUAGCACGUGCCUCAUCCUGGGCUCCCCUCCAGGCACAGAGGAAGCAAACAUUGGUGCUGGGAAUUGUUUUUUUCCCUAUAUUUUCACUGCCCCGUGCAGCUUUAAGGACAGUUUGAUUUUUCUCUUCCAGUUCAGACCACUGCGUUAGAUGGUUGGAAGCACUCACAGAUUACGUUUGUGGUUCACUGGUGAGUCCAAUCCUGCCACAGCUUGAAUCCUGCCUAGAUGCAAUGGCAAGGAAAAAUGUGGUACAGCUCAUACCUGAGAUGUGCAUUUCUGAGCCCAAGGGGUAGCACAGGUCGGACCCUCUCCCCCCGAUACUGGGGGAAGAAUGGAGCAUUUGCACCAGGACUGGGAUGUGCAUUCCCUGUGUGUCCCUGGCACUCGCAGGGUUAACCAAAGAGCUUAGAUUUGGGGCUUUUCCUCUCUGUUGAGCAUGAAAGUGGCUACGAAGAGAUGCAUGUUCCCAUUGCCGCACUGCGAAGGAGACGCACAAUAAACCUCUCUGUGCCACA